AUGGCCACUAACUACAGUGCCAACCAGUAUGAAAAAGCUUUCUUGCCCAAGUACCUGCAGAACUGGUCUGCUGCCAAGCCAACAAAAGAGAGAGCCUCUACCCACGAAGGUUACACUCAGAUUAUUGCCAACGAUCGAGGUCAUCUCUUGCCUUCGGUGCCCCGUUCCAAGGCAAGUCCUUGGGGUUCCUUCAUGGGCACCUGGCAAAUGCCCCUGAAGGUGCCACCUGCCCGGGUGACCUUGACCUCCCGCACAACUGCUGCUGCUGCGUCCCUCACCAAAUGGAUACAGAAGAAUCCUGAUCUACUCAACGCCUCUAAUGGACUGCGUCCUGAAAUCUUAGGCAAGCCCCAUGGCCCUGACAGUGAGAAGAAACAGAAGAAAUCUGUCACAAAGACUGUACAGCAAGCAGCAAACCCGACCAUAAUUCCCAGUUCCCCAGAUGUCGAUGGUGACAACUCAGAUGAAACUCAAAGCUCACACCCCUCUGCAGGCCACACACCAGGGCCCCAAACUCCAGUUAACUCUCCCAAGUCCCCACCUGCAAGCCCGUGUUAG